AUGGUGCUCAUUGUGGUUUUUGCAUUAACACAGUACAGGACGUCACCCUUCAAAAACUCUAGGGCUUUGUUAAGGCGUGUCAGUGCACGCUACAAAGAUAACUCGAUUUCAUCAAAAGAUGAGAGGAAGAAAUUGUACAGGUGGGUGUCUGUUGUCAAUUCUCAGAGGUGGAGAGCACAAGCUUUUUUCUCUUUGGUGGAUUUACAUGUAGCUUUACAUGGCUUCAUAGUGUUCGAAGUUUACUGGAAGGAUAUACGUGGCAUCAACUACUUCAGUGAGCUUCAGUCAGACAUAUCAAUGGCUUUUGAGGUAAAAUCAAUGAGAAAAUGGGAUUUCCACAGCAUUGACCAAGCUUCUAGUUGUAUCCAAACAUGGUUCUCAGGAUCCCAAUCAGAGAUUGAAUCAUUGUGGAAGUGUCUAAUGUCCCUCGACGAUAAAGUUCCUUCACAAUCUCCACAAAAAGUAAGAAUCACUUUUAAUGAUUUGCUCAUAGGACAUGGAAAGCAUACCAAGAGUUCGUCAAUUGAUGAUUAUUUUGAUGUCAGAGAAUGCACCCAUCAGGGUACUGAUCCCGAUCUUUGUUGUGAGCAUCAGCUUCUAGAGAAACAAAAUGAGCAGAAAACACCAAGAAGACAACAGGAUACAGAUAUUGAACCUGUGCAUUAUAAGGACACUCUACUGAAAUUCUAUUUUGAUGACAGGGACCUUCCUUUUACAUUCAAAAGAAUAAUAACUUCUGAUCUAAGACUUCUAACUUUGCUCGAGUCAGGCCUUCCUUCAUGGGUUGUCUUCCUUCAGUCAUAUCCUUUAUUCUGCAAAGUUUAUCGACCUUGGAUGCGAUCUCUAGUGAGAAUGCUUUAUAUAUUAAUCUCUCUUGUUACUUGUGUGAUUGGAUUUUAUGAUCUUUAUAAGAAUGUCCCAGUAUUGAAGGCCGCAGCAUCACACAUUUGUGGGCCAUUAUUUAUUUGGAUAGAGGACUGGGAUAUGAUUUCCAGAGUCAGAUAUCUAGGAACAAUGUUGUUCAUUCAGAAUUUUGAGAAAGCAAUGCGAUGGUCUCUCAAAAUUGGCCAAGUCUUGAAACUGCUGCUGUUGCUACUAACAAAACCGUUGAUGGAACCACUACAGGACCUAGUGGAAUUCACUUCGCCUCUAUGGAUUCUACUAUGUGAAGCAGGAUCAGAUUUCUACAGCAUGGUGUCAUUUGCUUUGAUUUCGUUAUGUAGUCUAGUUGUUGACCUAUUUGAGCUUCUACUCUCUCCAUUCCAGCUUCUGUACUCUUACAUUGUAAUUAUAGUUUCAUUUUUUAGUCCUAUUUUUGCCUCCGUUUGGGAUCUUUGUCAAGUUCCACUUCAGAUGUGUUCUCCCAUGGGAAAUCAUGCAGCCUUUUUCUUUGGUAGCAUGUACAAGGAUCUUCAAGAAAUGCUGAUGCUCAUAAUGAGCAAAGCAACUGAGGUUGGUCAUUUGGCUACCCGAUUAUCUAAAGCAAAGCCAGCCACAACGGAAGUUUCUAUGUGGAGUUCUCUGUGGAAAGAUCUGUUUUCAAAGGUGUUUCGCUCUCUCCGUAGUAUUUCGUAUGGAUUAAUUGCAUUCUUGGAUUCAUGCAACCGACAUAGACUUAGCACAUCUAACCACCUCAGUGAAUACAUAAGGCGCAUGUCUGAACUAUUGUCAUCAGGAUUGGAAGCUUCUCAGCGAGCGCUUCCAUCAUCAGGGCUGAAAGCUUCUCAGCAAGCACCUGCUGAGGAAGGCUGUCAACAGCAAAUUCCUGAAAAUCACGAGCACUUCGAUUGAACGGAAUAUAGGUAGUCUCUCCUGUACAAACGUUGAUGAAUAUACAUCUCAUCCACCAAGCUAACCUAUGUACCGUUGUCAUUUGUCUAAUUACGAACUAAUUCCAUUUGUCUAAUUCUUUGUACAGAGAAAUGGUAAUAUUGUUUGGUAUUACCCCCCAAGUUGUAAUAUAUACUAGUGAGUAGUGACUGACUGACUGGCUAUAUUGUGAGCAGUGUCUCCACGUAUUAAAAAAUAUGAUCAGAUAUCUUAUAUGUUGCAGUCUGUAUCUCUAGUAGUAAAGGCCUUGUUUAGUAAGUGAAAUAUGUUCUUGUAUUGCAAUUGCUCAUUAUACAAGAAGAGCUAUUGAGUCAUUUCUCCAAAAAAUGGCAAAGAAAUUCAUGAUUGUAGUUAUUUACCAAGCAUAU